GAUUUCCCACAGGCCUACCUCACUGGCACCGGGUUGUGAGUGAACCGGCGGGAAGACGAGGAUAAACCGACGGCGGAUAAUGACAUGAUGGUUCCGGUGUAGCGCGAGCACAGGGGGGUGGGGAGCUCCGGGCGUCUUUAAUGAGCGGUGCUGGAGAGGAAAUCAACGGACUUUAUUGUGUGUGGAACCACGACUCUGAACACACCGCAGUAAUUAAAAAGACAAACGGUCUCUCGUACCGGUUGCUGAGAUUUCCUUCAGUCUGAAAGCUCUCCCCGGAGGCUUCGCUGGACAGUCGAGGAUGAUGUCCCUCAGAUGGUGACUUGUGCAGGAGCUUCAGAGAGAGGAGGUUUUGAGAGUAAAACUCAUCAGGGCUGUCUGGGUUUCCUACCUUCUCUCACUCCUCUGCCUCUGCAUCUCCAGCUGUCUUCUAAUGGUUUGAUGGAGAGCUGGUCGAAUGUCAGCCGGAACUGUUGUUAUAUCCGGAGGAAUUCUCGCCGGAGUGAUACUGCUGUGCAUUGUGGCAGUGCUCUGUUACUGUAGACUCCAGUAUUAUUGCUGUAAGAAGAAUGAUUCGGAGGUGGACGCGGGCCCUGCAGUCGGACCGGACCCUCUUUCUCAUUUUCCCUGCAAUGCCUGUGACAUCCUCGCCAUGGAUGGCGCUGCUAUCACCCCCGUCUCUCUGGAUCAGCUGGACUCGGGUUCUCACCACAACCACUGCCCCACAUGUUCCCCAUACUCGGUCCGCUCUGGACGUACAAAUGACAUGCGCAACGGAGGGGAGCGGCUCGGCUUCCACACCUACUACGAGAACCCAGCUGUCUCUCUUCCCCUGUCCACCAACCCGCAGGGAUCCCCCCAUUUGAGCUACAUCGGCCACAAGGACAUGUUUCCUCCACCGCCACGACCCUACAGCACCCAGGUCUGACCUUUGCGCCAACAUAAAGACACACACACUCUGACUUGCACACAUUUAAACAUUUAGCCCAUGUCCUAUUGUUUGGGACCCCAAUCAGGUGAUGGAUUACAAUACAGCACAAUUACACAGUUGCCUACAUUGAUGUACAUCCUCAUACCUGUCACAACAUCCAGGCUCAUUUAUCCACAGGAGUGACCCAUAAACUGAGCCCACUGAAAGCGCACUCUGUGUGGGCAGUAAACCCUUGGACUAAGCCCAUGUGGAUCUGCAGAGAGCAGCACAGACAGUGAUUUAUUCACAGCCAUUUUCUGCAAAACCUUAGUUUGUCUGACACUGAGCGGAAUCAAAUGUGGUACAAAUAUGUCGUGUGGUAAUUAAGUUGUGAAUUUAACACUGAAGCAACAUUAAGAGUUAGUUUGAACUCGAUACUGUACAUGUAGUCGGGUGAAAAAAACGUCCUCCAGUGCUUUGGAAGUAUUGUCACAGUCGGUGCUAGGGAUGCGAUUUUUGAACACGUCCAACAAUCUGUGUUAAUGAUCACAUUCAAAUGAAUCAUUGAAACAUCAGAAAAUAAUUAACACGCUUAUUUUUUACCAUUUAAUAUUAUUAUUGAUAUGAUGAAUAAACACUGUUUAUGUGCCACGACACAACACAGAUGAAUAAAUAUGAUAUUCAUUAGAAAAACAUUUGAGUUAUGAAUUUAAAAAAUACAUAAAUAAAACAGCCUCAUAAAUCAUCCUUUGAGGAUUGUCUUCAGUGAUUAACAAUAUAAUUCAGUUCUUAUCAGAACUAAUGUUCUUCUAGAAGAAACCCAAAUUUAAACUUUAUUAAUCUUUCAUUCUCAGUAAACAGGCUGUUUGACUGUAUGUUUGCCUGUUCACAUUUGUUCUGCUAAUCUGCGAAAUGUCUCAAUAAUCGAGAAAUGAUUCCUGCUUAAAUGAUUCUAAAUGAUCAGAUAAAUAAAUUCAUAUGCCUUUUAUAAGAUCAUCUCCAUACCCUGGCUGCAUGACACCGAUAAUUAUUUUCUCUCUAACGUCAAAUACAACUUAGAAGUGUUUGACCUGAGAGUCAGCAAUCAACCACCAUCUCCGUUUUAGUUUCUGUUUCUCUUUCAUGCAUUGUACUCCCCCUCCCCCCCCCCAAAAAAAACACACACAAACCUUCUCUCAUUAAAUCCAAGUUUCAAGUGCUAGCCCCCUCCCCCUCCCCACAGUUUACUGUUCAUGAGGGCUAACAGUUUUUCGAUUAGGUGUUGUUGUUACAGAAACUAGUGAUGGAGCUUAAUUGUGUUUUUGGAGGCUUUUCUGAGUGAAGGCAUGAAGGAGAAAUUAAAGCAGUAUUUGAGCAACUCGCAAUUUUGAAAUGGGCCAAGUUUUGUACCAAAACUGUCGCUUUAAUUUUCACAAGGGCUGGGAAUCUUUGGGUGUCUUGACGUUUCGAUUCAAUUUCGAUUCUUGGGCUCACGAUUUGAUUCAGAAUCUAUGUUCGAUUCAAAACGAUUCUGGAUUCAUGAUUCAAAGUCUAUUUUUGAAUUAGUACAUACUUCACAAUCUACUCCAGUCAUCUGUGAGACUGGCUGAAUGCCUUGCUGCUCCAUUUGCUAUUCUACUGAGUUAAAGAGCUAGCCUUAGCACUUAGCAGGGAGUGACUGAUUAGCCAAAAAUAUAUAUAUAAAUCGAUUUUUGGAAGUUAUGAAUAAAAAUUUUAGAAGAUAAGAAUCUCGAUUUUUACAUAAAUCGAUUUUUUUCCCCACCUCUGAUUUUCACUCCUGGUGAAAAUGAAACUAAACCGGCUCUGUAUUGUCUUCCAUAUAAGUUGAAGACUUAUAUGAACAGGACAGACAACAUUCUUUAGCUGUGUCGUCAUCAGACAUGCUAUACUUACCAUCACACCAUUCUGUGUUGAUCUCGAUGCUUGAGUUUUAGAACUUAUAAGCCAUUAUAUCUGCAAUAUUUAGUACGGUAACGAAGAUGCAGUGUUUAUCCACAAUAUAUGCUUGAAUGAAUCUAUAUAUUUUCAGGAGUAAUCGUAGUUUUUUGUGAGGGCUGUUAGAGUUUCAAUUUUACAGAGUUUAUGCUGAAUGUGGGUUUUCCAGACUCUUCACUUCUCCUUUCAUCGUAAUUAUUUGUCUGCUUCUCUGAAAGUUAUUUAAACAGAACCAGAAGAACGCGAUGAGAAGUGAAUGGAAACGUGCAUUUGGAACUGAAGAUUUACUAUUUAAUAAUUUAAUAUAACAGAUUUUAAACCAGUAAAAAUACAUAUAUGAGACACCUCUUAAAGUAUAAUAGAGUAUAAUGUUACAUCACAUUGUUGCCACUGAGCCGUGAGCCUUUGUUUCCUCACCUCACAGAGAUAUGUAUUGAAAACUAAACCUGAACAUUACCUUAUUUUGUUUAAUUAGAUGUCCACUCAGCGUUGGUGUUAAAUAUCCUCACUUAACAAAUGUGGUCCACAUGGUGAAAGUUUUUUUUUUUUUUUUUUUUGAUCUUUGUGUUCACCGGAUCUGUGCUGACCAGUUUGAGCACAACAUGUCAUUUUCUGCUUCUCUUCCUGCUUCUGAUUGUUGAAAUUGGAAUAUUUUCAGAUUGUAUGAAACUCAUUAAGUUUUGGUACCCUGAUACAGAACAGUGUGGGGGAAAAAUCAUCUAAGUUUCACAUGAAUGUUCCUUUUUUUUAAGGAGGAAUAAAUGUUUCUAUCUGCCUGGA